UGCCCGCUCGAAUGUUCUAUUCAAGGCUCGGUGUACACAAGAUGGGGCAGAACCACGUGUCCAGCCAAUGGAACCGAUCUAGUUUACGCAGGUUACACCGCUGGAAGCUCAUGGGAUCUACAUGGAGCUGCUGAUUAUCUGUGUCUUACAUCACAGCCAAUUUGGGGAGUCUACAACGAUGGCAGAAGUUCGGCUGGGAUAUAUGGGACUGAGUACCAAUUCCACGAGCAGGGCUUUACCCACCUAGGCGCGGAGUUUUUCGAGAAGGCCUUAGGCGAUCACGAUGCCCCGUGUGCUGUCUGUCGUACAUCGCGCGAAACAACCCUCAUGAUCCCAGGAAGAAAUCAAUGCUAUCCAGGAUGGACGAAAGAAUACGCCGGCUAUCUAGUAUCGGGUGAAUAUGCCGGCGCUCUAUCCGUGACUAACUACGCUUGCCUUGAUGCCAGUGCUGAAACCGAGAAUUCUGAUUAUCCAGACAAGAAUGGAAGACUGAUGUACAUCGUCGAAUCAGUUUGUGGGUCUCUUCCCUGCCCGCCCUAUGUACAGUAUCGUGAAAUCACGUGUGUCGUAUGUAGCAAAUAA